ACUUCAUUUAUUAUCCCUGUCUAACGAUUUCUUUUUGGUAAAAUCUUUUUUACGCAAAUGUCCGUUAACUAUUGUGCGAAAUCGGUGUCAGAGUUUUAACAUUUGUCCUCGAUGGAAGUUACUCGUGCACCUAUGUGUGUAGUCCUUAGAUCGUUUUCAACACGGAGGAGUUGCUUCGGUGAAAACUGACAGGAUUUAAUUUAAUAAAGACAACUGACUGAAUUUAAUUUUUUAGAGCUUUGACAAAUUAAAAAAAUCAUUCUCAAGUGUUAUUCAUUUCGAAUGUUUAUCUUAAAUGAUUAUAUAGUGAUGUUCUUUGCACAUUACAUGGUGUACGUGAGAAUUAGUAUGUAUUACUGUACGCAAGUUUUAUGCAAUGGAUCAUAAAAAUGAAGCAAUUACGCGAAAUAUACUAAGCAGAAAGAGGGCUGUAAUACUUGGGGUGAGCAUCGCUGUAGUUCUAACUGUAAUACUAACGAUAAUAAUCGUUUUACUCGUUACUGGUACAGAAAAUAAGAAUUCAGAAUACACAGGCGGUACUUCGUAUUUCGGAAUAUAUACAAAGGGCGCGGUAUCUACGAACGGACAAGAAUGCGCUCAGAUAGGUGCCGGUAUGUUGAUGAGAGGUGGUUCGGCUGUCGAUGCGGCUAUAGCAUCCCUGUUGUGCGAGGGCGUUGCAUCAUUACAUAGCAUGGGGCUGGGCGGUGGAUUUUUAAUGACCAUUUGGGACUCUACUACCAAAACUGCCAAUUAUCUGGAUGCGCGGGAAACUGCUCCAUCUGACGCGCACGAGGAUAUGUUUCAAAGCAACCCUGAUUUAGCGCUGUUCGGUGGAUUAGCAAUAGCUGUGCCGGGCGAACUACUCGGAUAUUGGGAAGCUCAUCAAAAAUACGGAAAACUGCCAUGGCCCGAUUUAUUUGAGCCUACUAUUUCUUUGUGCGCCACUGGAUCUCUCGUAACUAAAUACCUGGCCUCGUAUUUGACGAGUAAAGAGCCGUUAAUAAGAGCAGAAAAGUCUUUGGCGGAAAUCCUCAUAAAUCCUAUUACCAAUUCAACAUGGAAGGUAAAUGAUAGAAUAAAGAGGCCGCGUUUGGCAGAGACGUUAAAGUUGAUCGCAAGUCAUGGACCCCAUAUAUUUUAUAACGGAACUAUAGCUGAUAGCUUAGUCGAAGAAAUCAAAACUUUCAACGGUAUCAUUAAAAAGGAAGAUCUACAAAAAUACAGAGUAAAAUGGAUGAAACCGAUAAAAUCAACGAUCGGGAAUUUAACGAUGUAUACCGCACCACCACCGGGUUCAGGUGCGAUUCUAGCUUUUAUUAUGAAUGUUCUUCACGGCAUGGUUCCUCACCACGACAACAAAAUUAUGUGGCAAAUUAUAGUCGAAACGUUUAAAUGGGCUUACGCUAAGAGAAGCGAAUUGGCUGAUCCUGAAUUCGUCGAUAUCACUUCCGUGCUUGAUAAUCUGACAUCCAUCGACUAUGCCAACAGUAUUCGAAAUAAAAUUACAAUUAAUAAAACAAACAAUGAUCCGAAAUAUUAUGGUGCUGUUAUGAGCACACCAGAGGAUUCAGGGACAUCUCACGUUUCUGUCUUAGCUCCAGACGGAUCGGCUGUAUCAGUCACAUCCACGAUAAAUCAAGUCUUUGGCGCGAUGAGACGUUCAAGAUCGACUGGGAUAAUUUUUAACGAUGAAAUGGACGAUUUUAGUUCUCCAAACAUAACUAAUGGUUUCGACGUACCACCUUCGCCAGCGAAUUUCAUUAGGCCUGGAAAAAGACCUAUGAGCUCUAUGAGUCCAACCAUCGUUGUAGACAAUAGUGGAGAAGUUCGUCUAGUAAUUGGUGCUGCAGGCGGAACUAAAAUCACCUCUGCAGUGGCAAUAGCAAUGGUAUUAAAUCUUUGGUCAGGAUAUAACGUGAAACAAGCUGUUGAUACGCUUAGAAUUCAUCAUCAGCUCUUACCAAUGGUUGUUCAAAAUGAAAAAGGAUUUUCUCCGGACGUGUUAAAUUAUUUAUCUAGCAUUGGACACAAUGUUUCAACUUACUCAGGAAUUGGAAGUGCAAUUACAGCUAUAUCCAAACAAAACGGAGAAAUAAUUGCUAGCUCAGACUUUCGCAGGGAAGGAAGAACUGCUGGCUUUUAAAUGAUUAUUUGUGGUAGAAUAUUCAUUGAUGAAUAAAUGCGAGCACACACACACAUACACACACAUGUGCCUACGCGCUUACAGUAAGUUAGAGAUAACGGAUAACAGAAAAAUGUUUCAGUAUGAUUAUACAGAAAUAUCUUUACCAAGCUCACCUUUUCUGUCAUAUAGUGUCUCAAAAAGUAUCGGUAAACUACAUAUAACGCAAAAAUGUUUAAUAUUUGUGACGAAAUAAAUGUUUAAUUGACCUUUUUAAGAUUCUCAACAGAUAUAAGCAUCAGAUAUAUGUUAUAUAAAAAAUAACAUAAAUUUUAUUAGAUACUUGAAAAUCACAGGCGUACAUUUAAUGACGCUAAUUUUUACAUAUUUUUAAAGAACGUAACAGGCCCCGUAUAAAAUAAUAAUUUAUUUUAAAAAAUGUACAUGUAUCGUUCAUUAAUUUACAUUAGUUACAUUAAUUUACAUUAAAUAAUACUACGAACUACCACUAUCA